ACGACAAAAAAGUUCGUAAAUAUAACUUACGCAAAAGUUACGAACUUUUUGGUAUUCUCGAAGCAAAAUGUUCUCAGUUUUUGCGUAAGUUACGACAAAAUCCUACGACAGGGGUCCAUUUCUUCUUACGAACAUUUUCGCGACUGCUUGCUCAAAAUGGCUGCCUACGUCGCCUUCUUACUCGACCAGCAGCGCGAUGCGAGAAGGACUUUGCAUCAGCAGCGUGUCUUCCGGACUCGUCGAACAUUAGAGACGAUCGCGGACCACCACCUCGAGCGUUACUACCGCUUGCCGAGGCCAGCCGUGCAGAGGCUCUGCGAUGCUCUGGCGCCGGCGCUUCGACGCCCGACAGCUCGUUCGUGCUCGCUCCCCGUCGACGUUCAAGUGCUGCUUGCGCUCCGCUUUUAUGCGAGCGGGAGCUUUCAGUCGGUGGUGGGCGACGUUGCAAACAUCAGCCAGUCGAGCUCCUCACGGAUAAUCAACGGAGUGAGCAGUGCGCUCUGCGAUCUCGCCAACAGUGGCAUCAAGUUUUCCACGACGUCGCGGGCAGCGUUGCUCACUGCACGCGGCUUCUUGGAGAUCAACGGGUUCCCCAAGGUGUUGGGGUGCAUUGAUGGGACACACAUCGCCCUGAAAAUCGCGAAAAAGGAGCAGCACCUCUACCGCAACCGGAAGGGCUACGACUCGCUGAAUGUGCAAGCCAUCUGCAACGCCAGCAAUGAAAUCACACAGCUCACAGUGAAGUGGCCAGGAAGCACGCACGACAGCUUCAUGUGGAGAAACUGUGACCUGGCUGACAAGUUCGAGGCGGGCAACAUGCCCGACGGGUGGUUGCUUGGUAUGCUUUGGUCCCAAUUUAUAGAGUUAUUUGAUAUUUAG